UUUGUUUCUGCAGCAACCUAGGACGAUUGUGCCAUGAAUGGUGACACGCGGGCCGCUGUGGUGACCUCACCACCUCCGACCACAGCCCCACAUAAGGAGAGGUACUUCGACAGGGUAGAUGAGAACAAUCCGGAAUACUUGCGAGAGAGGAACAUGGCCCCAGAUCUUCGCCAGGACUUCAAUAUGAUGGAGCAGAAGAAGAGGGUGUCCAUGAUCCUGCAAAGUCCAGCUUUCUGUGAAGAGUUGGAAUCAAUGAUACAGGAGCAGUUUAAGAAGGGGAAGAACCCCACAGGCCUCCUGGCCCUACAGCAGAUUGCAGACUUCAUGACCACCAACGUCCCGAAUGUGUACCCGGCAGCACCGCAGGGAGGGAUGGCCGCCUUAAACAUGAGUCUCGGAAUGGUGACACCUGUGAAUGACCUGCGAGGGUCUGACUCGAUAGCGUACGACAAAGGGGAGAAGUUGCUACGCUGCAAGCUGGCGGCCUUUUACAGAUUAGCAGACCUCUUUGGCUGGUCCCAGCUCAUCUACAAUCACAUCACGACCAGAGUGAGCUCGGAGCAGGAGCACUUCCUGAUUGUACCUUUUGGACUUCUCUACAGUGAAGUGACCGCCUCCAGCUUGGUUAAAAUCAACCUACAAGGCGACGUGGUAGAUCGUGGAAGUACAAACCUAGGUGUCAAUCAGGCUGGCUUCACCUUACAUUCUGCGAUUUACGCUGCCCGACCGGACGUCAAGUGCAUUGUCCACAUCCACACGCCAGCAGGCGCAGCGGUCUCCGCGAUGAAGUGUGGCCUCCUGCCCAUCUCCCCGGAGGCCUUGUCCCUUGGAGAAGUGGCGUACCAUGACUAUCACGGCAUCCUCAUCGACGAGGAGGAAAAGGUUCUCAUUCAGAAAAACUUGGGACCCAAAAGCAAGGUCCUCAUUCUGCGCAAUCAUGGCCUGGUCUCAGUCGGGGAGACUGUGGAGGAAGCUUUCUUCUACAUCCACAACCUCGUGGUGGCCUGCGAGAUCCAGGUUCGCACACUGGCCAGCUCAGGAGGCCCAGACAACCUUGUCCUGCUGGACCCCGGGAAGUACAAAGCCAAGACCCGCUCCCCAGAGUCGCCAGGAGGGGAGGGGGGCACUGGAGCACCUCCCAAGUGGCAGAUUGGGGAGCAAGAGUUUGAGGCCCUCAUGCGGAUGCUUGAUAAUCUGGGUUAUAGAACUGGCUACCCCUAUCGCUACCCUGCUCUGAGAGAGAAAUCUAAAAAGUACAGCGAUGUGGAGGUUCCUGCGAGUGUCACAGGUUACUCCUUCGCUAGUGACGCUGACUCGGGCACUUGCUCGCCUCUCAGGCACAGUUUUCAGAAGCAGCAGCGAGAGAAGACAAGAUGGCUCAGCUCUGCCCGGGGAGACGAUGCUUCUGAGGAGGGGCAGAACGGAAGCAGUCCCAAGUCGAAGACUAAGGUGUGGACGAGCGUUACACACGAUCACGUGAAACCCUUGCUGCAGUCUCUCUCGUCCGGUGUCUGCGUGCCAAGCUGUAUUACCAACUGCUUGUGGACUAAAGAGGAUGGACAUAGAACCUCCACCUCUGCCGUCCCUAACCUGUUUGUCCCAUUGAACACUAACCCCAAAGAGGUCCAGGAGAUGCGGAACAAGAUCCGCGAGCAGAACCUGCAGGACAUCAAGACGGCCGGCCCCCAGUCCCAGGUUUUGUGUGGUGUAGUGAUGGACAGGAGCCUCGUCCAGGGGGAGCUGGUGACGGCCUCCAAGGCCAUCAUUGAGAAGGAGUACCAGCCACAUGUGAUCGUGAGCACCUCGGGCCCCAACCCAUUCACGUCGCUCACGGACCGCGAGCUGGAGGAAUACCGCCAGGAGGUGGAGCGGAAGCAGAAGGGUGCCGGGGAGAGUCAGGACGAGACGAAAGAGCAGAAGGAGGAGAGCCCCCCGGACGCGCCCGCUGCGCCGCAGACCCCUCCCAGCACCCCUGUGAAGAUUGAGGAAGAACUGCCGCAGGAGCAGCCCUUGGGGGACGACAGUGACGCUGCCACCCUCAAGCCGACUCUCCCUGACCUGUCCCCUGACGAGCCUUCAGAAGCGCUCAGCUUCCCGCCAGCAGACAAGGAGGAGGAAGAGGGUCUCCAGGAUGCGCCCCAGCCUCAGAGCCCCGCCAAGACCCCCACGGCCCCGAGCCCUGAGCCUGCCCCCAGCCAGGCAGCCGACGAGGCCCCGUCCCCGACCGCUGAGGAGGCCGCCGUGGACCCGGGCAGUGACGGGUCUCCAGGCAAAUCCCCUUCCAAAAAGAAGAAGAAGUUCCGCACCCCGUCCUUCCUGAAGAAGAGCAAGAAGAAGGGCGACUCCUGA